ACUGUCAUGGCCGUCAUGGGAACUGUUUACCAGAGGAGCAUUUAAUAACUUGGUUUAUAAAUUAUAGGAAAUGGCAGCGGUGUUCCUGGUCACCUUGUAUGAAUACUCCCCGUUGUUUUACAUUAGUGUGGUGUCUUUGUGUUUCGUUGUCACCGCCGCCAUGGUGCUAGGCUGGUUUGGCUUUGACGUCCCAGUGAUCCUCCGCAGCUCCGAUGAGACGGAGUCCGUCCUCCCCACCCCCGAGAAGCAAAUGGUUCAGAUGACCAAUCCCUUCGCCCUGGAGAUAUGCCCUGGGUCGGCUUCCGUCACUGAUGGGGUGUCUCUGAGGCCCUGCUGUCUGGAGCCCUGUGUCCUCAGCUGUUUCUGGGGCUGUGAGGUCCAAGCCCUGCAGGGGGCGCUGCAGGCCCACCAGCACGGCCCCAGGCUCAGCACCCCCCAACACUUCCAGCAGGCCCUGCACCCCCACUACCACCACUGCCAGAGCUUCCAUAUCGGCAGUGGAGACAGAGCGGAGCACCACACACACAUUCUUGCUGACCACAGGAUCACGGAUUUUGGGCCGUUGCCAAGGCAACACUACCCUCUCGUGGCUGUGCUGACGCUGGCAGAGUCUGAAGCCAGAGACUCGUACAACAUCGUGGCCUCUGUGACAGUUCUUCAUGUUCCUGAUGACAGAUACAGCCUCUCUGCUCGGCUUCUCUUCCAGUACCUGCUCACCGCACAGGGCAACAUGUACGAGUUAAAGCCUCUGUUCAUGUCAGCUGACAGCGUGUUGUCAGAGCUUCCUGACUCAGAGCACAGCACCCAACCCAGGGAGGCCUACGACGGGGCCAGCAGGGGGGAGCAGAGUCCAGAGGAGGAGGUGGAAGAGGAGGAGGACUGGUCUGAGGGGGGGGGCAGAGGCUGUGUGGUGUGUCAGAACGCGGCGGUGAACAAGGUGCUGCUGCCCUGCAGACACGCCUGUGUGUGUGACAGCUGUGUGUCGCGCUUCCAGCACUGCCCCAUCUGCAGGGCCUUCGUGCUGGAGGCCUUCACUCUGACAGAGGGGGGGACCGCAGGACACUGACUCACACUGAACCACUUAAAUAAGGGCUAAACUGCGCUUUCAGCUCUGACCAUGUACCAUUUGUAAACGUAUGCUUUAUUCAGACAUAAUGAACCUCAGGAUGGGAUCGACCAAUUGGAAGUGUAAAGGUCAACUAGAGACACGUUCCCCCCCGCCAUAUCUGUCCGUUUCCCUCAGAGUAACCCCAAACAGACGCCUCCACUUCUUUAUUCUCAGAAACACACAUUAUUUAUUGUCUCCUGUCGAUAUCUAUAUUACCACUCAAAUUAAAUCUCUGCUGAUCACUUUAAGAUUGUAGAGCAAGAAAAGCAGUUGCUAAGGAUGUAUAUAACAGAGUGAUAUUUUUCAUGUACAAAUAAUUUAUGUUGACUAUGUUUGUUUUAGAAUAAGAUGGAUUGACCUCUUUUACAGGACCAGUGCAGUAUUUAUUGACCAAAGCUUAUUACUUCCUGAGCUUUAAUCCGACUAUAAAUAAAUGUCAGGAAUAAUUC